AAAUAAUAUGAUCAGUUAGGUGUCAUACAUGUGAAGUUUACAAAGCGGAAUAAAGGAGCAAUACUUUAAUUGUUGUUCAGCCUAAAAGUAAUUGAUUAUAGGGCGUAUGUAGGAUAAUUCUAAUUGUAUUGUAUGUAUUGUGUGUUUGUGUGUUCGUUUGUCAUGGGGUGUGAAUAAGAAAAAAGAAGAGUAGGUUGUAUUGACGUGUGUGUAUGUGUGCUAGCUAAUAAGCAUGUGCUGUCCUCUCUUCUGUCUACGUAUGGCUGUUUGAGGUACGUUUUAAUCAGUACUUCGUUUGAGUAUAACUCGACGCAUUCUUGUUUCGUUUUACAUAUAGUGGUAACGCGUUACAACAUAUAUAUGAGAGAAGAUUUAGAUAAACUGAAAAAUUAGUUAUUUCCAAGCUCUUUCUGGAUACAUAUAUACCCAACUUAUUCUUGAUAUAAAGUAUAUUUUCUGCUUGGAUUACCACCAAACUUGCUAAAAUGGAUAAUUCUGAAAUAAUGAGAACCAAUGAUGCAACAGUAAUCAAACGAAAGAAAACUGGGAAAUUUGGACGUUUUCUCUCACAUUUCAAACGUAAAUCACAUCAUACAACAGAUUCAAAGUCGAAAACAUCGAUGGCAUCGACACAACCAUCUACAGAAACCAUAUCUACAGCAAGUACUCAUGUGCGAGGUUGUUCAACAUUUUCCAACUGGUUUACUAGGGGUAGAGACAAUGUUCAUGAUAAACGGCCAACUGUUAAACAAAAGAAGUAUAAAGAAGUCCCAGGAACUGUGAUUUUUGAUCAAACAUCAUGUCCAGAUGUUUAUGAUCGAAUUUUAAAGAACAGUAUACUGGGUACUAAAUUAGCUAAGAAGGCUGUAAUAUGCAGUCGUAAUACUGGUGCUAUCAAUGCCUAUGGACCAGAGGAUUUUACACCAUCGGUAGAACAAAUCAAUAAGGUGUUAAUGUUAUCACAAGCUGAACGAGCAGAUCGUGUAAUACUGGACAAGCACUUCCAAGUAGGCAUGGAUACUUGUGUGUAUAAAGACAUAGAGGACGAUACUGGAGUGCUUAUAGCUGAUAUUAUCCAGUAUUACACAUUACCAGAUUCUGUAACAUGCAAUGUUGGAAAAUAUGAAUUGGCUGGAUUGUUGACGAAGAAUUCUUUGCUGAUCGCCAUCUACGAAGUGGGUCACCGAAUAAAUGAAUCAAAGAAGUUGUUAAUUGAAAUAAGAGAUUAUCUCGACAGCCAGGGAAUGUAACUAUUCUUUCGUUUUUAUGACAUUUCCUUCAACUGCUACCAUUUAUGGAAUUUCUGUCAUUUCAUUAUGAUGAUGAAAAACUCACUAUCCAGUGUUCUAUUUUGUGUGCAGUUAUUUAACAUUCAUACUGGUUUUUGUGCAUCUUAAUUAUGUGCUUGGAAUUAUAACAAUUUUUACGAUAUUCUACUAUUAUUUUGUCAAAGAUAUCUACUAUGC